UCGAAAAAGUGCCAUCCCCAAUCAGCUGCCAGUUUAACGUCAAAACAAUCGAGUCUUUCGUAACGUAAAUCAAAAACACACGGGACUACAGUAGUCCCCAAAUUGCAGUGGCUGCGAAUGAUGUUGGGCAUUCGCUGCCUGCGCCAGUGCUAUGGUCUCCGUAACCCGCCAGUUCCGUGGACCCAGAAAAUCCAUGGCUCCACCCAUGCCCGCAGAGAUUAUGCGGCUCUGUGCCGAAUGAGAACCCAAGUAGUGGGUCACCAAAAGUACGGAUUUCGUUUGAGCCAUGGUAAAGGGGAGACGGAGGGUGGAACCCUGACUUUCAUACUGCUGCGAUGGACGAAAAUCGCGUGGAGCAACAUGUUCGGAAAGUAUCUGCUUGUGACGAACGUGAUGGGCUCCGGACUGCUGAUGGUCGUGGGCGAUGUGAUAGCCCAGGAGUAUGAGUACAGGCGGGGAUUGCGGCACCAGGAUCGCUUUGAUACGGAUCGCAUGUACAGGAUGUUUGUGGCUGGUGCGCUGCAGGGACCGCUGCACCACUACGUCUAUAACUGGAUGGACAGGGUAAUGCCCGCCCGUACCUUGAAGAAUAUCUUCAAGAAGAUCCUGAUUGACCAGCUGGUCAUGUCGCCCGCCUGCAUCAUCAUUUUCUUCUAUUCCCUUUGCUAUCUGGAGCGGCAAACGCUAGAGGCCACAAAUCAGGAGCUCAUCUCGAAGUUCCCGUAUGUGUACAUGCUGGAUUGGAUGACCUGGCCGGCGGCACAGUACCUAAACUUUCGCUAUCUAGACACCAAAUACCGGGUGACCUUCGUCAAUGUGUGCACGGCUGUUUACAAUGUGCUCAUGUCCUACAUGAAGCACGAUUUCGGGGUUCACUUGCCACUGGAGGGGGAGUUAGUUGAGUCUUCCGAGAAGACCUUAUUACCUCCAAGUUCAUAGACGAAUCCCAAAGCCCAGAAAGCUGUUUAAUACACGACGACCACCGCGGAAUAUGUGUGAUAGGAAUCCAAAUUAAAUAGUUAUUGUGCACACGAGUGUUAUUAUGUAAAAAAGAGGCUCUUAAAACCAAUAAAUAUGUAUAAAUAAUAUAAAUAUUUAGUACACGUCUGAUGCUAUAACAGAAAUGUUAAGGCAAAGAAAUUGCUAGUCGAUCAGUUAUAUUUAUUAUACUCAAAUUACCUUAAAAAUAAGUGUUAAUAUUAUUCUUAUGACUAAAUCGAAACAUAUCAAAUGCAACCAACCUUUAACUAUGUUAUCAGCUGAUAAAAUAAAUAUUUGUUUAAUUGAUAAGCAAAUUACAGUCUAGACUUUGUAUGUUCAAACGUGUGAACUAAAAUAUAGUAGUCAUACAUAUUAACAAGUGGAAAUCAAACACACAAGGUGUAAGAUAGUUGUAUACUUGCUGCUGUAAUAUUGAUAUUGUAUAAAUGUUCCCCCUCGGUAGUUUAAACUGCUCACUUAA